CACAAGGCAGCGCGCGGGCGCCGACGCGGCCGGCUCCAAGCCCUUUGUGAGGGUCGCGGGCUGCGCCGGGCGACAACACCAUGAGCGGUUCCGGCGGGACAGCGGCGGCGUCCGCCGGCUCCGCGCCGCCCGCUCAGGAGGAGGGCAUGACGUGGUGGUACCGCUGGCUGUGUCGCCUGUCGGGGGUGCUGGGGGCCAUCUCUUGCGCGAUCUCUGGCCUCUUCAACUGCAUCACCAUCCACCCUCUGAACAUCGCAGCCGGCGUGUGGAUGAUCAUGAACGCCUUCGUCCUGUUGCUGUGUGAAGUGCCCUUCUGCUGCCAGUUCGUCGAGUUCGCAAACACGGUGGCCGAGAAGGUGGAGCAACUGCGUGCCUGGCAGAAGGCUGUCUUCUACUGCGGGAUGGCCGUUGUCCCCAUCGUCAUCAGCCUGACCCUGACCACACUGCUGGGCAACGCCAUCGCCUUUGCCACGGGGGUGCUGUAUGGACUCUCCGCUCUAGGCAAAAAGGGCGAUGCCAUCUCCUAUGCCAGGAUCCAGCAGCAGAAGCAGCAGGCGGAUGAGGAGAAGCUCGCGGAGACCCUGGAGGGGGAGCUGUGAGGUCAGGUGACCUUUGCUCCUCUGGCUGAGGACUGCCAGAUCUGCGUCCUAAGGCUGGCGGCAGCUGCUGUGCGCGCCUCUCACUGCUGCAAGGACUGGGCCCCUGCUGCCACCUUUUCCUCUGGAGGAGCCCGGGUGUGCAUCCUGCACCCUCAGCAGCAGCCUGGGUAGUGACUGGACCCCCCCCACUGGUUUGGACAAGCCACCCCAGGACCCCAAUUUCUUGUGCCCCUGCCCCAACCAUCUCUGGCCUUGGUGCUAAGGGAGAGGGGAGAGCCGGCUCUCCCAGUGCUCCUGGGCGCCCCUACCUCCCAGGUGUGGGAGGAGCAGCAGCCCACACUCUGCUAGUGGGGGCUGAGCUUGACCCACCUCAGGUAUCCCUGCCUGUCGGCCCCAGGCUCUGCUCAGGAGCUGCCUGCUUUUUGAUGCUGGGUGGAGGCCAGUGCCACCCGAGAGCUGGCCCCUGCCCUGUGUCCAUUCUGGCUGCCAGGAGCAGCUGGUGCUGGGGUUUGGGGUGAGGGCUCAUCAGCACUUUGGUGGGUACUGCCCUAAGGGACACAUCAGUGUGCUCCUGGUCAGCAACAGCCCCCGGGAGCAUGAGCAGGAGGUGCCUCUGGGCACCACCUGGCCUGGCUGGACACUUGCUUCGGGGUCCCUCUGGGGCCACCUUCCUCAGGCCAGUGCUGGGUUCAAAGGGCUCUGUGUGUGUGUGUGUGUCUGUGUCCUCCCAUGUGUGCAGUGAAGACCUACCUGUCUACCUCCCAGGAGGAGCAUGGGCCCUGCCUGCCCUUCUGCUUAUUCUUACCCAGGCAGAGGGACCCUGGGCUCACUUCUGCCAGCCCUCCUGUCCCGCCCGAGGCGCCUCAGAGGCUGCAGAAAAGAUCGCCUGUAUGCACUUGGGAAGGAACAGCAUGCCCUGUGGGCAGGCUGGGGACCCAGACGUGGAGCAGUGGGUCCUCUGGGCACCCAGGCCAGAGUGGGCAGCUCACCACCUUCGUUUCCAGCGAGUCUGGCUGAGCCGUCUUGGGGCCCAUGACCCUGUCCUCCAGCGGGGGGCCCUGCCUUGCACGGAACAGCUCCAAGCUGCUGAGGAGUCUGGGCCGGCUGGCCGCCAGUCUCUCUCCUGCCUGUGCUUUCCGACUCGGGCUGCCUUCGUCCUGUGGCCCGUCAUGUUUAGUUUGCCUUCUGAGCAAUAAAGUAAGGCUGUAGUUUGUA